AAUUCGCUCAAAAACAGCAUAAUAUCAAAAAGUAUACUAUUUUCCUAACUAGGCGACUACUAGAGGUCUGUUUUAGUGAAUCCUCCGCCACGUUCUGGUUAAGGUCGUGGGAGCUGUGCUUGAGGGAAUGCCAAGCAGGGUAACUCAAUUUCUUCCUCCCGUGCCGGGGGGCACAAGGCACAAGGCAGUAAGGCACACCACUGACCUCACCGUCUCAAAAGUUCCCAUCCACGUGUAAGGCCACUUGUUCAACACUCCCGGCUUCAAAUACCCGCCAUACCCUCGACUAUUUUACCAAUUGCUCCCAAGGCUGUCAAGACCGUUGGUCAGAAUACCCAUUGGAUCAUGCCAGACUUGUUUCUUCCAUUCCGUGUCUGUCAAUAGAGCAUAGCGCAUCCUCGUACUCCUUUGAUGCUAGUCGAGCUCCCUUAUACUUCAUAGCCAUACCCCCCACACUACCUUUACACAUUCGCCUUUACACAUUCACCAUGGCUCGCAGAUCGAUAUUACCUUCCUUAGGGGCUAUAUUAUGCGCCAUUCUCUUCUUCACUCAGUCCGUGUUCGCCGUUUCCGCAGUCCUCGGAAUUGACCUGGGAACGGAAUAUAUCAAGGCCGCUCUAGUGAAACCCGGAAUACCCCUCGACAUUGUCCUCAGCAAAGACUCGAAACGAAAAGAAGCCUCCGCGAUCGCUUUCAAGCCGGCUCGAGGUACCGUUCCCACCGAAGGAUCCUUUCCCGAACGUUUGUAUGGCGGCGAUGCGUUGUCCCUCGCGGGGAGGUUUCCCCAUGAUGUAUAUCCGAACUUGAAACAGCUCCUGGGGAUCCCGAUACAUGAUGAUGCGGGGCUGGCGAGCGUCGUGGAGACAUAUAAGGGUCGGUACCCGGCGUUGGUGCUGGAAGCUAUGGAGGGACGAGGGACGGUGGGAUUCAAGAGCAAGAGCUUUGUCGAGGGAGCGGAAGCAUUCUCGGUCGAGGAGCUAUUGGCCAUGGAGCUAAUGAAUGUCAAGGAGAAUGGGCAGAAUAUGGCAGGGGACCAGCAUCGGAUCGACAGUGUGGUUAUUACGGUGCCGCCAUUUUACACUGCGGAUGAGAAGAGGGCGGUGGAGUUGGCGGCUGAGUUGGCCGGCCUGGAUGUGAUGGCGCUGACAUCUGAUGGGCUGGCGGUUGGAAUGAACUACGCCAUGACACGAGAAUUCCCUACGGUCAAUGAGGGUGGAAAGCCGGAAUACAAUAUGGUCUACGACAUGGGUGCCGGUCACACGACCGCGACGAUUUUGAAGUUCCAGGGACGCACUGUUAAGGAUAUCGGUCGCUUUAACAAGACCGUUCAAGAAGUCCAAGUCAUGGGAGCUGGUUGGGAUAAGUCUCUCGGCGGUGAUGCGCUCAACACGCUGGUCGUCGAUGACAUGGUCAACAAGUUUCUGCAGUCCUCAGAAGGCAAGAAGCUCGGUGUUCAGGCCUCCGACGUCAAAGCCCACGGACGCGCCAUGGCUAAGCUCUGGAAAGAUGCGGAGCGACAUCGACAAGUCCUGAGCGCCAACUCUGAUACUGCUGCCAGCUUUGAGGAGCUGUAUGGGAACGUCGACUUCAAAUACAAGAUUUCGCGCUCAGAGUUCGAGAAGCUCGCGUCCGAGUUCGCUCAGCGUCUGGACGGACCUGCCAAGCAAGCGCUGGAAGCCGCCAAAUUGACGAUGGACGAUAUCGACUCGAUCAUCCUCCAUGGCGGCGCCACGCGCACACCGUUCGUGCAAAAGCGUCUCGAGUCGCUCGCAGGAGGCGCAUCGAAGCUCCGAGGCAAUGUCAACGCCGAUGAAGCCGCUGUACUGGGCGCUACGUUUAAGGGCGCUCAACUCAGUCCUUCAUUCCGCGUCAAGGAGAUCCGGGAUAGUGACCUGGCGUUUUAUGCCGCGGGGCUGAAGUGGAACGAUGGGAAAGAGAGGCAGCAGAAGCUGUUCACACCGACUUCUUUGGCGGGAUUUGCGAAACAGGUGCCGCUGAAGCUGCAAACCGACUUCUCUUUCUCGCUGUUCCAGCAGGUGCCAACGACCGAUGGAUCAGCGGUGGUUGAUCGAACGGUCAGCACAGUUCAGACGAACAACUUGACCGCGUCUGUAGCCGAGCUGGUCAGCAAGUAUGGCUGCGCGACGGAGAACAUCACCACCGCGUUCAAGGUCCGCAUUGAUUCCGAUCAUGGAAUUCCAACGGUUGUCUCCGGGUCCGUCAGCUGCGAAGUUGAUGAUACAAAGAAAGGUAAUCUCAUGGAGGGUGUCAAGGAUCUUUUCGGAUUCGGGAAGAAGAAGGAUGGGGACCAAGAAGUCCUGGAGGAGGAAACUGAGCCAUCGUCAUCUACAUCGAGUGCUUCAGAGCCAGAGACGUCCUCGUCAUCUGUAUCUUCAUCCUCGGCUUCGGCGUCUCCUUCUGCUGCCGCGAAACCCCAGGGUACUAAGCAGAAAACUGUCUCGAUCAACAUUGACUUCACAACCACGCCAGCCGGUAUCCGAUCCUUCUCCAAAGAGGAGAUGGACCGUAUCCACUCCCGCCUCCGAGCCUUCGACCGCUCCGACCGCGACCGCUUCCUCCGCUCCGAACUCCUCAACACCCUCGAAGCCGCCACCUACCGCACCCGCGACCUCCUCACCGAACCCCCCUUCAUCGCCGCGUCCACCUCCGCCAUCCGCGAGCAGAUCUCUUCCCUCCUCUCCACCGUCUCUGAGUGGCUCUACGGCGAUGGCGCGGACGCCGUAUCCGACGUCAUCAAAGCGCGCCUCGACGAGCUGAACGCACUGGUCGAUCCGAUCAAGAAGCGCAUCUUGGAGGUCACCGAGCGGCCGAUGAAGGUCCGGGCGCUGCAAGACGCGCUGGAGCAGACGCAGACGAUGAUCGAGCGGAUGGACGAGGAGGUCGCCAGCGCCGUGGCCGCGGCGUCGAAGUCCGCGGAAGAAGCGGCUUCGGCGGCGUCCGAGCUACUCUCAUCUGCGCUAUCCUCGUCAUCUGCGGAUACGGAGACAACCGCGCCCGCCUCUUCUUCCCAAUCCGACGACCUCGAUGACCUCGACGACCUCAGCGCCGCGGAAUGGUCCACCACGACCACCCCGCCAUCCGAACCCGAGCCGACCGAACCCGUCAUGCCCUACACCCCCGAAGACAUCAGCUCGCUGCAAAAAGCGCACAACGAGAUCAAAACCUGGCUAAACGAGAAGCUCGCGCUGCAGGAGACGCUAUCCGCCACGGACGACCCGGUGCUGCUGACGUCCGAGCUGGAGGAGAAGACCCGGCACCUGCAGGAAGAGCUGAUGACGAUGUUGCGGCGGAAGAUGGCGAACUUUGGGGGGAAGAAGAAGGGUGGUGGGGGAAAGAAGGGAAAGAAGACGAGUAAGGCGAAGGGGAAGAAGGGGAAGAGUACGAGUACGGCUAAGGCUACGGCGGAGAAGAAGCCGGAGGAGAGCGCGACGGAGAAAACGCAUGAUGAACUGUAGAAGCGGAUUGAUGGCUUGAGCGUUUGCAUGGGUCUCCGGCGUCUUGUGGGACAUGGGCAUCGAGAUAUAUCACUCUUGGGAUGUAAGAUAGCAAUGUGAUAUGCAACUUCUUC